AUGAAGAGGAAGCUCCCGCAGAGUGACAGUGCUGUGGACUACGCAGUGGGACUGGUCUCAGGGAGUCUGUCCAAGUCCAGUCCUGGUCCUGGGUCUGGGUCUCUGUCGGCUCUGUUCUCCACCACAGCCUCUCCAUCGUCAUCACUGUUCAGACCUGCGCCAGAGAUUGUGAGGAGCGUCAAAGCCAAGGAAAGACCAAAAGAAGAAAUUCAAAAGAAGAAUGACACGCCGGAGAGCCAGACCAUAAUCCAGACCAGGGAGCUUGGUCUCUCUGCGGGCGAUGAAGACGAGCUCGGGGGAGGGAAGAGGAGGAAGACGAGGCCCCAGGCGGACGACCCGGCCGAGCUCUGGGUCCAGCGCCGACACCAGCGCCGCCAGAACAAACUGAAGGAGAAGGAGCGGGAGAACCGGACUGUGUUUGUGGGCAACCUGCCGCUGUCUGCCACCAAGAAGACUCUGAAGCUGCUGUUCCAGGACACGGGAGCCAUAGAGUCCAUCCGCUUCCGGUCCCUGGUGCGAGAGGAUCCCAGUAUGUCCAGAAGAGCAGCAGCCAUCAUGAGGAAGGCCCACCCACAGAAGCAGACCAUAAACGCCUACGUGGUGUUCAGAGACGAGGACAGCGCCACCUCUGCCCUGGACAGGAACGGAGUGGAACUACAGCCUGAGCUCUUCAUCCGCGUGGACCGAGUGAACGCCACGGCCUCGCACGACCACAAACGCUCCGUCUUUGUGGGAAAUCUACCGUUUGACCUGAAGGAGGCAGCGUUGCGCUCACACUUCCAGGACUGUGGUUCAGUGGAGGCGGUUCGACUAAUCAGAGACAAGGGGACGGGCCUGGGCAAGGGCUUUGGCUACCUGCUGUUCAAGAGUGCAGACAGUGUGCAGCUCGCCCUCAGACUGGACGCCUCCCAACUGGACGGACGGGCCAUUCGGGUCAAGAGGUCCCAGCAGCGCGAGGGGCCAGAACGUGGGUCCAGACCGGGGGCCAGACCGGGGGCCAAACCAGGGUCCAGACCGUGGGCCAGACCGGGGGCCAAACCAGGGUCCAGACCGGGGGCCAAACCAGGGUCCAAACCAGGGUCCAGACCGGGGGCCAAACCAGGGUCCAAACCAGGGUCCAGACCGGGGGCCAGACCAACGGGACCCGGGGCAUUCAGAGGGGAAAUGGCUGAUCCUAGGAACAAGAAGGACACAAAAAAAUACAUAAAGAAAAAGAAAACAAAAGGGAAGCAAGCAAAGAAAACCAAGUGA